AUGCCAUACAAUCAAACAGAAAGUGAUACAUCAAUUCGUUAUAUUAAUAUUUAUAUUAAUCUUUUCUAUCUUAUUUUUGGUAAUAUUGGUAAUUUACUUAAAGUUGCAUUUUUUCUUCAAAAACCAUUACGAUCUCUUCCUUGUACGAUGUAUAUUCUCUUUUCAACAGUCAGCGAUUUUGUUACAUUAAAUAAUUUACCUGUUCUACAAUUAUUAAUUCAUCUUUAUCCAAAUUAUCAUUGGAUUAAAAUAACUGUCGAUUGGUCAAAUAAUCAAAAUGAUACAGUGCUUCUUUCACAUUCAAUAUCUAAUUAUGAUAUUAUUAUGUGUAAAAUACGUAGUUAUUUACAUUUAUUAAGUACGGAUUUAUCAUUUCAAAUGCUUUUAUUUGCUUCAAUUAAUCGAUAUUGUUCAACAUAUCGUCGAGGAAAACGACAUAAUAGUACGGGUAGUGCGGGUAGUUUUAAUAAAUGUUUUUGUAGUCAUCCAUAUAUACAAAGAUUAUGUAUUAUUUCAUGUAUAAUUUCUGCAUUAUUAUCUUUACAACAUAUAUUUAAUUUUACAAUAAAAUCACCUUCUGAAGGUUGUGUUCCACAUCAUCGUAUUUUAUGGGUUGUAUGGAUAUCAUCAAUUCAUUGUUUUAUUUUACCAAUAACGAUGACAAUAUUCGGAAUAUUAACAUUGAGAAAUAUUCAUUGUUUAUCUAUGUUUGGUGAUUAUUUUUUAUGUUUAAAAUGUCAUUGUCAUAGUCGGAAAAAAAAGUAUAGUAUUGAUUCAAUGGGUACAUAUUGUUCUCGUUGUGAAAAUACAAUUCAACAUCGAAUUGAUCGACAAUUAACAUCAAUGAUAAUAAGUGAGAUAUUUGUUACAGUAUUAACAUCAUUACCAUAUGGUACUUAUGCUCUUUAUUCUCUUCUACAUACGAUACAAAAAAGACCAAUACUUAAUGGAAAUCAAUCGAUAUGGAUUCCGUUAUUUGUUAGAACUACUAUGUAUUUGGAACCUAGUUGUGGAUUUUAUAUUUAUUUAUUAACAUUAAGUACAUUGAGAAAACGUUUUCACAAGACAUUUAUCAGUAAAGUAACAAAAAGAGGUUGGUUUUGUUGGAAAUAG